AAAUGUAAUAAAAAGCAAAACAAUUCUUUGCUACCUAUGGUAAAUUGGGAUUGACUGUUUAUUUUUCAAUUUCAUUAGCUAAUUAUGGAAUUGUCUAUUUUGCAUUGAAGUAAGGCAUAGAUUUCAAAUAAAUUGGAUCAAAGUAUUGUCUUCUAUUUAUAUAUUAAGAUUAGGAUGUGAUACAACUUAGGGUAAAUGGGAAUAGAUUGAAACCUUUGGUACACCAACAGCUGCGUAUAUUAUUUACAAAUUAAUGGCACCAAUCAAAUGGCCAGUAGUAAUAGGAACUACAGCAUGGAUAUGUAGAAGAGGAAAAAAAUGAGUGAUUGAUUAUUAAAUAAAUUGCAAAG